GGAGGACCACCCUCGCCGUGCAGGGGGAGACGGUCGCCGGUGGGCCGCGCCUCCCGCCUAGACCGGACUCCUUAAACCCUGAGAUCCUCCUGCCAGAGCCAUUUUUUCCCCAUCUGGGUGAGAGCAAGUCUCGGGCCGUGAAGGCCUCUGGGAGAUGUAGUCCGGAGCCCAGAAAGCAGCGGCUCCAUUAGGAUUCCUCUCAGUUGCAAGUUGCGCUCCCGGGCUGUGAGCUCCAGGCCGCGGGGAAGCCGCUGCCGGAAAACCCGCCGAGGCCUAAGGCCAUUCCCCUGCCGGGGCGCGGCGUCCUCCCCAGGGCCGUGGGCACCGCUCCCCCAGCUCGCUCCCGGAAGGCCAGACCCGCCCGGCUAGCCGCGGGGGCCUCUGGGAAGCGCUACCUGCGGCUAACGGACCCCAGAGUGCUUCCUGUGCUGAGGCUCCUUUUAUAAACUCAAUACUUACUGAAUGUUGGAUACAUACCAGUCAAUUGUUGGUGCUUCGUGAAUAGCCGUGAACAAAAGAAGCAGCCAGCGCCCGCCCCCAGCUAUCAUGCUGCUUACAUUGCUGCUGGCCAGAUAAGAAACUCAGCCUGCUCAGGACACCCCUCCCUGAAAAGAAGAGGAAAUGACUGAGCCCACGGGAGCAGUGACAUUCAAAGAUGUGGCCAUUGACUUCACCCCGGAAGAAUGGAAGCAGCUGGAUCCUACCCAGAGGAACCUGUAUCGGAAUGUGAUGCUCGAAAAUUACAACAACUUAAUCACUGUGGGCUCCCCACUCAGCAAACCUGAUGUGAUUUUCAAGCUGGAGCAAGAGGAAGAGCCAUGCAUAGUGGAGAGAGAAGUGUUGAAGAGACACUGUCCAGGAGAAACUUGGGAAGUUAAUGAUCACCAGGAAGCCCAGGACAGUCUCUUGAGUCAAGUUUUCAAGGAAACAGUGACUGACGACGCCAUUGACUGUUCUAAGCAACUUACAAGUACAUUUUCUCCAGACUCAGAGUCCGUUCCCUCCAGUCUCUUUGAGUGUGACUCUUUCGGAAAGCAUUUGGAACAUGGUUUUGAUGACCAUAAUAAUAAUGUGGAAUUCCCCAUGAGAGAGGAGCAUCUUGAAUAUGAUGAUGAUAUGCAAUGUCCCCACUUCAUAGUGACCCCCUUUAAGUGUAACCACUGUGGGGAAGGCUUUCGUCAGACCCUGGACCUGAUUAGACACCUCAGAGUCCACACUGGAGGGAAACUCUAUGAAUGCCACCAGUGUGGCAAAGGCUUCAGCCACAAAGAAAAGCUUAUCAAUCACCAUAAACUGCACAGUAGGGAACAGUGUUACGAGUGCAGUGAGUGUGGGAAAACUUUCAUUAAAAUGUCGAAUCUCAUCAGACAUCAAAGAAUUCAUACUGGAGAGAAACCAUAUGUAUGCAUGGAAUGUGGGAAAUCCUUUAGCCAGAAAUCUAAUCUCAUUGAUCACGAAAAAAUUCAUACUGGUGAGAAGCCUUAUAGAUGCAGUGAAUGUGGAAAGUCCUUCAGUCAGAAACAAAGCCUCAUUGCACAUCAGAAAGUGCACACCGGGGAAAAACCUUACGCAUGUAAUGAGUGUGGAAAAGCCUUCCCUCGAAUUGCUUCCCUUGCUCUUCAUAUGAGGAGUCAUACAGGAGAGAAACCUUAUAAGUGUGAUAAAUGUGGGAAAGCCUUUUCUCAGUUUUCCAUGCUAAUUAUCCACGUGAGAAUCCAUACAGGUGAGAAACCCUACGAAUGCAAUGAGUGUGGAAAAGCCUUCUCUCAGAGCUCGGCUCUCACUGUGCAUAUUAGAAGUCACACAGGUGAAAAACCCUACGAAUGCAAGGAAUGCAGGAAAUCCUUCAGCCAUAAGAAAAACUUCAUUACCCACCAGAAAAUUCACACUAGAGAGAAACCUUAUGGAUGUAAUGAAUGUGGGAAAGCUUUUAUUCAGAUGUCGAAUCUUGUUAGGCACCAGAGAAUUCACACCGGAGAAAAACCAUAUAUGUGUAAGGAGUGUGGCAAAGCCUUCAGCCAAAAGUCAAAUCUGAUUGCUCAUGAAAAAAUUCACUCUGGAGAGAAACCCUAUGAAUGUAAUGAGUGUGGGAAAGCCUUCAGCCAGAAGCAAAACUUUAUCACACAUCAAAAAGUUCAUACUGGGGAGAAACCCUAUGAUUGUAAUAAAUGCGGGAAGGCCUUUUCUCAGAUUGCGUCCCUUACUCUUCACCUGAGAAGCCACACAGGGGAGAAGCCUUAUGAAUGUGAUAAGUGUGGGAAAGCCUUCUCCCAGUGCUCACUACUUAAUUUACAUAUGAGGAGUCACACCGGGGAGAAGCCCUACGUUUGCAAUGAAUGUGGAAAAGCCUUUUCUCAGAGAACUUCCCUUAUUGUGCACAUGAGAGGCCACACUGGUGAGAAGCCCUACGAGUGUAACAAGUGUGGAAAAGCCUUCUCCCAGAGCUCAUCCCUGACUAUCCACAUACGAGGCCACACAGGCGAGAAGCCCUUCGACUGCAGCAAGUGCGGGAAAGCCUUCUCUCAGAUCUCCUCUCUCACUCUCCACAUGCGGAAACACACGGGGGAGAAGCCCUACGUCUGCAUUGAGUGCGGCAAGGCCUUCAGCCAAAAGUCACACCUUGUCAGACACCAGAGAAUCCAUAUGCAGUAGAGACUCCGAGCACGCCGUGAGGGGGGGCUGCCUUUGGCGGAACGACUGCCUCAGAGCACGCUGCAUGUUGGGUUCUGGAGCAGAAGACUGACUACGGGAAAGCUCGUGAAGAAUCCACGGGGCUGUUAGAGAAUCCUGACUGAGCAACCAUUGUGUGGGAAAACGAGAAACCUUGGACACCAGUUGACAUGUGACUAGUGUCUCAUUCACAUCGAAAGAAGACACCUGCAGCGUAUCACCAUACUGAACUCCUUCCAAUGAAUUAAGCAAGAUAAGAGGAUCGAAAAAAGCGAAAACAAUAACCUUUUAAAGGCAAGCUGAGACUAAAAUGGAGCUUUUGUAUGUUAGUGUGUCAAUAAGAAACUAAGAUAAUCCGGUAACAUCCACAAAGUUACAGAACUUGCUGAUGAUCACAAAAGAACACCUGAAAAAAUCAAGUUCGGAAAUUAUACAAGUAUUCUUCCAAUUUUCUAUCUUUGCUCUACUUCCACUCAAACUUUAGAGAUCACUUGUAAAGAAGUUCCUGGACUGAUUGCAGAGUAGCGUGGCAAGGUGAAGGACCACAGAUAGCAAACAAACCAACAAAACAAGUAGGGAAGAUGCUGGCUCCUGGACAUCAUUACAUCAUUUAAAGUUUUUCUCAUUUCAGUCCUUUUGAGUGAAUGAAGAAGCCUUUGGAAACAGAUUGAGGGUUAACAGAAGUCCAAGAGCUGGCAGUUCUGUGGUUGGUAGUGCUGCUGACGUCAUCGGAGUAAGUCUGGCCUGUUCAAGAUACGGAAGAAUCAUAUGAUCCAAGUGUAUUAUUUCUCAGCCAUACUUACCCAUCAGGCUGCUGGGAUGGCCCAGCUGAGAGGGUGCUUGCUGACAAGCCUGACAGCUGACUUUGAUCUCCAGAAUUCAUGUGGUGGAAAGAGAACUGACUGCCAUAGUUGCCCUCUGACCUCCAAUGGCACGCCAUUGCAUGCAUCUGCACACGCGCGCACACACACAUAUACACACACACACACACACACACACACGCUCCAAAUAGAAAAGGUAAAAUCCUAAAACUGAUGGAAAUAAGGUAGACUAUGUUGCUUUAGCAUAAGACAAUUAAACCCACAAACAUGGAAUAGUUUAUCUUUUAGUGUACUGGAUUCAGAUGUACCUGUGUGUGUGUACAAAGAGAUAUCUAUAGAAAUAUUCCAGGAAUCAUGGUUUGUUUUGCUCUAAAUUGUAUGUAUCAUUAUCAUCAACACAGUGAGAUCAAUAUGUUUAUUUCUAUGAUAGGACACUUGCUGUAUCUAAAAUAUACAAAAUUCACAUGUACUUACAUGGAUAGUUCACGAUAUUUUGAGAGGAAAACCCAAAAUACACAAUGAAACAUGGUAUAGUAUUUGUAACUUAAUAAAACAGUUCAAAGAACAGUACUGGAUGUUGCUCAUGGGUCGACUUAUGAUAUUAUUUGCCUUUGAGAAUGUGGAAGCUUUCAUGGGCAUUGUUACAUUGACCUGUAAUACUUCUUUAAUAAAAGAGUGAA